AGUCAGGCCUGAGUGGAGUGGAUCACAACCCGGAGGUAAUUUGAUCUUAACUACAGGAGUCUGGAAGUCUUCCGCAAACAAAGAGCAGCAUUUCUAAUGAAGAGCAGCAUUUUUAACACAGAACAGCAUUUUUAACAAUGUCGCGUUUGUUUUUUCCGAAUCGUUUUUGUGCCAAAUUUUCCCAGUUUGCAGCCUAUGACCCUCCGUGGUUUGCACUUCGACUCAGACAGCAUCAAAUAAACAAACAGAGGGUUAUUUUGCAGCAACAAAGACCCUAUAUCAGAUCAUGGAGUGCAGCCUCUUCAAAAUACAAGACAAAGUCCAGGAUCUGGGCUUAUGGGGUCGGUGUGGGGGUAGCUUUAGCUGUUGGACUGAAAUACUACGAAGACACAGUGAAGAGUUCGUGUGAUGUUUCAGUGAAAUCUGCACACACUGGUCGAUACAGAGCAGCUAUUGAAGUGAGCAGAGAUCUGUUGGAACGGAUAAAGGUAGGCACAGAGGAUGAGGUCGGAGCUCCAGGGAUGGUGGUUGGGGUCUCAGUAGAUGGUCAACAGGUCUGGUGUGAAGGCACUGGUUAUGCUGAUUUAGAGAAUCGUGUGCCAUGCAGCCCUCAAACGAUCAUGCGAAUCGCCAGCAUCAGUAAGCCUCUCACAACUGCAGCUGCUGCUCGUCUGUGUGAGGAAGGAAAACUAGACCUCGAUGUUCCCGUCCAGAAAUACGUCCCAAAAUUUCCACAGAAACAGAUUGAGGGACAAGAUGUCAUAAUAACCCCUCGUAUGAUUAUGUCCCAUGUAAGUGGUAUACGACACUAUGAGAAGAAUGCUAAGAAACUGGCAGAUGACAGGGAGAAAGUGAAGCCAAUAAAAGAGAAGGAGAAUGAAAAGACAUCUGAAAACAAAGAUAAAUCCACAGCAGAACAGAACAACAAAAGCAAAGAAGCCACUCAGGUUCAGAGGAAAACGGAUGUUGAGCAGGAUGAGUUCUACUUGAAUCAAAAGUUUGAAAAUGUUAGUCAGGGCGUAGACCUCUUCAAGGACGACCCACUCGUUUUUAAACCUGGCACUGGUUUCCUCUACUCCACCCACGCCUAUACCCUGCUGAGUGCUUGUAUGGAACAGGUGGCAGGUCAGCGUUUCCUGGAUUACAUGAUGGGCAUGUUUCGUGAGCUGGGGAUGCUCAAUACUGUGGCUGACGAAAAUGAGCCCAUUAUUUAUCACCGCGCCAGGUUUUACCAUAUUAAAUGGGGUCGUAUUGUAAACAGCCCGUAUGUGGACAACUCCUACAAGUGGGCUGGAGGUGGCUUCCUCUCUACCGCAGGUGAUUUGCUGCUGUUUGGAGAUGCUCUGCUCUACAGCUACCAGCUUGCACACUUAAAGGACACUGAAGGUUUGCUGCCUGGCUUCCUCAAACCCCAAAGUGUCCUGGAUCUGUGGGCCCCUGUCGAUAAGACGGAGGCCACCUGGGAUAAGGAUGGACGCUAUGCCCAAGGCUGGCUGGUAGUGGAGAAACUUCAGAAAUAUGGCCACUGCAGGAAGCGCAGACACUACGUUUCACACACAGGAGGCGCUGUCGGGGCUAGUAGCGUCCUUUUAGUGUUACCUGCUGAAGACAUUGAAAAGGGCCAAGGAAAGAACCGCCACCCUCCGCAGGGGGUGGUGGUCACCAUCAUGACUAACAUGCAGGCUGUUGGACUAAACACAACUGCGCUCAAAAUUGCACAUGAGUUUGACAAAGCCAGAAGCCUGUGAGAGUAAGUUGUUUACAGAAAUAAUUGUGUUUACAUCACAAUGCACAGUAAUUUCAAAAUUAAGCUUAUAAUUUUCAUACAAGUAUUAUAUUCAGAUAUUUAUAGAGGAUGUUUAGGAAAUUACAUGUAUUUGGACAUGUAUUUUUUCAACAUUUUAUAGAUUCUGAUACUGUUUUAAUUAAACAGAACUUGACAAAUGUCCAUUUUGCCACUAGGUGGAAGCAAUUUACUGCCUUUCUGACUAAUGCUGCUGACCUGUGACGUAAGAUUGUUGGGGUUUUGUACCUUUUCAUGAAUCUCUUGGAUAGCACAAUAAUCCAGUACUUUUUCUUACAUUUUAAACAAAUAAGAAGCUUUUGAUACAGAAUGAAAACAGUGCAAUCAAGGCAUUCUCAGUUACAUUUUAAGGCACACCCUGCAUAGAUAUGUCCUCAUAAUUACUAAUCUGACCUUUUUUAAUAUGCCAGAGUUAACCACAAACUCAAAUACACUCCUUUAACAGAAUAAGUCAUUGGAAUAACUGAGAUAAUGUGCCAAAAUUCCCAGUUAAUAAAUGGUGGAAAGAAUUUUAGGAAUUUACUAAGCUGUCAGCUGUCUGAAUGUAGUGUUUUUGCCAAUAGUUUGAUUUUUGUAGAAAUAAAUGAAGUACAAAGAGAAGAUACCAAAAAUGUAGUGACAAUGCAAUGUAGUGAAUGUAGUGUAAGUGUCAUGAGACAACUUCUGUUAUGAUGUGGUGCUAUAUGAAUAAAAUUUGAUUGAUUGA